UAAACAGGCAGGUUAGUUAUACAUGAGGCAGGGCAGCUAUAUACAGGCAGGUUAGUUAUACACGAGGCAGGGCAGCUAUAUACUGGUAGGUUAGUUAUACAUGAGGCAGGGCAGCUAUAAACAGGCAGGUUAGUUAUACAUGAGGCAGGGCAGCUAUAUACAGGCAGGUUAGUUAUACACGAGGCAGGGCAGCUAUAUACUGGUAGGUUAGUUAUACAUGAGGCAGGGCAGCUAUAUAUAAGGCAGGAUAGUUAUAUACAGACAGGUUAUAUAUGAGGCAGGGCAGCUGUAUACAGGCAGGGUAGGUAGAUAUAUAUGAGGCAGGAUAGUUAUAUAUGAGGAAGGAUAGCUAUAUAUAGGGCAGGAGAGUUAUAUCUGAGGCUGGGUUGUUACAUCUGAGGAAGGGUAGCUAUAUAUGGGGCAGGAGAGUUAUAUCUGAGGUAGGGUAGUUGUAUAGGAGGCAGGGAGGGUAGCAAUAUAGGACACUGGUUGGAAAACCUCAUGUAGGAGUGAGUAAAUUAAGGUGUAUUACAUUGCAGCUCAUUACAAUGGGGAUGAGUCUCGGGCAAUUCUUGGUAGAACAGACUGCUAGUUUGGGGGUAAUAUAUCUACGCCAGUAGUUACAUUUUAACAAAUUUAGAAACAAAACAUUUUAAGUAAUAACAUUUUAAAAAUGCCACCCUGCGUCCCCCAUCAGAUAGAUUUUAUUGAGGAGCCGCAGUCCUUUGAUUACAGUGAGUUCUUUAAUAAGUAUUUGCUGACCAACUCGCCGUGCCUCUUCUCUGCUAAGUUUACCCAACACUGGGGGAGCCGGAAGACUUGGGUCACUGAAGAGAACAAGCCCAACUGGGAUCAUCUGCUUGAGAAUUUUGGGAAUGCAAUAGUUCCUGUAGCAAACUGCAAUGUUAAAGAAUACAACUCCAAUCCGAAAGAACAAAUUCCACUCCGUGACUUCAUCAGUUACUGGCGAGACUAUGCUGAGCAUAACUGUUGUUCCCCCAGAGGAUGCCUGUAUCUAAAAGACUGGCAUAUGCGCAGGGAGUUCCCAGAGCAGAAUGUCUAUGAAACUCCAGAGUACUUUGCUUCAGACUGGUUGAAUGAAUAUUGGGAUGCCAUUGAUGGAGAUGAUUACCGCUUUGUCUACAUGGGACCGAAAGGUUCUUGGACUCCUUUCCACGCCGAUGUAUUUCGGUCCUACAGUUGGUCAGCCAAUGUGUGUGGUAGGAAGAAAUGGCUGCUUUUCCCUCCUGGGCAAGAGGAACAUCUCAGAGAUUCCCACGGGAACUUGCCCUAUGAUGUGACCUCCGCCGGCCUUAGAGACCCCAUCCAGUAUCCACACUUGAGCCAAUGCUGCCGGCCUAGUGAGGUCAUUCAGGAAGCGGGUCAGGUGAUCUUUAUCCCCAGCGGGUGGCACCAUCAAGUCUAUAACCUGGAGGAUACCAUAUCUAUAAACCACAAUUGGAUCAAUGGCUGCAAUGUGUCUGCCAUGUGGAAUUUCCUGCAAGCGGAGUUGUUUUCUGUUCAGAAAGAGAUUGGUGAAUGGAGAGAAACGAUGGACGAUUGGCACCUUCACUGCCAGGUUAUCAUGAAAUCCUGCACCGGAAUCGACUAUAAGGAGUUUUAUACCUUCCUCAGGAUCAUUGCAGAGAGCAGACUGCGCGCUUUGGAUAGUCUUACAGAGGGCACGGUCAGUGGAACGUGUGCCACCAACAUGGCAGUGACUCACCCAAAGGGGCGCCCACACACUGUGUUUGAUCUGAAAACAGUAGCAGAUGUUUUGUCCCUGCUCAUCAGUAACCCAGACUUUCAAAAUCUGGAUCAGGCAUCAUUGUCUCCACGGCCCUGUGCCCUCCUCCAGCGCUUGGAAACAGUCCUUACCCAGAAUUCCCAGGUUGGCUUGGUUUUCUUACAAAUACCCAAUUCGGUUACUGAUGGAGUCCCGUAGUAACUGGGGAUGCACUGAAUCCAGGAUUUGGUUCGGGAUUUGGCCUUUUUCAACAGGAUUCGGAUUCGACCGAAUCCAUUUCUCAGGCCGAACUAAAGGAAUACUGUCAUGGGAAACAUGUUUAUUUCAAAACCCAUCAGUUAAUAGAGCUUCUCCAGCAGAAUCCUGCAUUGUAAUCUGUUUUUCCCAUGGGGCUAGCCAUAUUCUUCAUUUCCCAGGGUGCCACAGCCAUGUGACCUGUGCUCUGAUAAACUUCAGUCAGGAUUCCAUUCGGUAUUUGCCCGAAUCUUUCACAAAGGAUUCGGGGUUCAGCCACAUCUAAAAUAAUGGAUUUGAUGCAUCCCUAAUAGUAACGGGCAAUGUUUGCUCUACCCCCGAGACCCAUAGCAACCAGUCAUCAGUUUAAUUGUUGUGUUUGCAUUUUUACUGUGCUUUUCCAGAAAAUCUUAUAAUGUUACAACCUGGACAAUAAUUCAGCAUUGUUGAAAACCAGCAGCAGCAGCUACUGCCACCAAGGAGUGAAAUCCAGGGGUAAAGUUUGGUAAUGAAAACAAACAUAUGUCUGUUUUAUAACCCCAUUUUAUUGUUUGACUGUAUUUAUGAAGGUGUGAAUAAAAUUAUUUUUUUGUA